GUUGCAGAUCGGCUACGCCGCCACAAGCACAGUGGCGCUUGUCAUCUUAUCUUCCACCUUCUCUCUCCCUUUCCCUCUCGCCUUCCCCUUGCCUGUCUACCAUAUAAAGCGCAAGCUGCGCACGAAUAAACGUUGAUUACCAGCCGCUAUCGUCACGUUCUUGCGGCGUCGUAACAGUGGCGACGACGAUGCGAUAGUAUAUCUUCCGCUGCUCUGUCGGCAGACAUGGUCAGCUAUGCAGUUCCGCCGCAGUUCGACGAGGCCGUUGACAAAUGGCCCGCUUACCAAAUCCGUCUGGAGGCGUUCUUCGAAGGCAACGGGGUGACAGACGGGAAGAAGAAACGCGCCUUACUCGUCGCAGCGCUGAGUACCAACACCGUGGACGUCAUCAGCGGACGCUGUGCUCCAGCAAAGGCCGUACCGGCGAUGGCCGCGGGGCGGAUCCAACGGUGGGCUCUGCUGCUGGGGGCCUACAACUACGUCAUCCAGCACAAGGACGGCAAAGCCAAUAUUCCGGCCGACGCACUCAGCCGGCUUCCAGCGUCUGGAUCAGCACCCCCUGAAUCGGCGGAAGACGAGGAUGGCUGUGGCAAGACCCCGGCCAUGCUGCUAAUGGGAUACGAGCUGCGCUCAAGGCUAGAUAAUGCGGUCGUACCCCCACCAUCACGAGUCAACGAUCGGAACGACACUUAUACCAACAAUCCUGUCCACACAGGGGAACCAGUAUGGGUGCGAAAUUUUGGAAGAGGUGAACUGUGGACACCAGCUAGAGUACAGUCCACGGACGGCGCACGCAUGGUCACCGCCGACGGCAACGAGGGAGACGUCCUUCACAGACACCUCGAUCAAGUCAAGCCCCGGCUUCCCGAGAGUCCACCGGAAAGUGCUUCCAGUCCGUCACGUCUCCCGCCGCCGGAGGCAGCGCCAGGCCUGCAGCGACCGACUCGAACCAGGAGAGCCCCAGUGCGGUUUUCCCCCUAGGAGGGAGAAGACUGUUGCAGAUCGGCUACGCCGCCACAAGCACAGUGGCGCUUGUCAUCUUAUCUUCCACCUUCUCUCUCCCUUUCCCUCUCGCCUUCCCCUUGCCUGUCUACCAUAUAAAGCGCAAGCUGCGCACGAAUAAACGUUGAUUACCAGCCGCUAUCGUCACGUUC